AUGAAGGGUAAUAUCGAAUGCAUGGAAACCCUCAUUGAAUCUGGGGCAAACGUGGACAUGGCUGAACAAAGCGGACUGACAGCGUUGCAUAUGGCCACUGACGGUGAACAGACCCGAGCGAUUAAACUGUUAGUUAAAGCUGGAGCUAAUGUGGAGGCCAGAGAUCAUUCAAUGGGAUGGACUCCAUUGUUACGCUGUGCCGGUUUGAAAAACAACGGCAAUGUGGACGUGGCCUAUGAACUCAUCCGUUUGGGUGCCCAGGUGGACGCACUGGAUGGAGACGGGAAAACAGCACUGCACAAUUCUAUCAUCAAUAGUCAUCAAAAUCUUUGCCGAUUCUUGCUCGAACAUGGAGCAAGUCUGGACCUGAUUACCAAGGUGACCAGCGUGUUUCUGUUUGUGUUCCUAAGGAGCUUAUUUUAUUCUAUUGUUUGA